AUGAUAGAAGCUGUAGAGAAGAAAAAUCCUGAGUUGGCUAAGAGAAUGCGAGAUGUUCUUGAUGGCAAUUGUGCUCGGCUAGAAGGAUUAAGUCCUGCAGCUGUUGACUUUAGCAAAGAGGUAGCCAUAUUAUUGUACUGUUAGAA